AUGGCUGCACUGAUCCUGGCACCCACGCGGGAGCUGGCGGUGCAGAUCGCAGACAUGUCGCGCGCGGUGGUCGGCUCGACCACGGGCAGCGCGCACCCGAACGGCCUUUCGGCAGGCGUCCUGUACGGCGGCGGCCACGGCAGCAAGGGAUGGCAGGUGGCGGACAUCCGCAAUGGCGCUCACAUUGUGGCUGCCACACCUGGUAGGUUACUAGAUGUCAUGGAUUCCG